CAAAGACUUCAUGAACUGUUUCCCAAUUACUAGAUUAGAAAAGUCUCUUUUUUGGCUUUUGUGCCAUAUGCCACUUCCAAACUGCCUACAUAUACCAUCGAUCCUUUCCUCCUUGACCACCCAACUUCAUUGUUACCAGGAAUUAAGGGCAACACAACAAACAAUGGAGAUUUACUCUCUCUUCUUUAGCCUUACCUUGACCAUCCUCUUUGCAGGAAUUCAUUCUGCAACUCUCACGGUCAAGAACAACUGUCAGGACACAAUCUGGCCAGCAACCUUAACUGGUGGUACUGAUGCAGCACAGUUAUCAAACACUGGCUUCGAGUUGGCCUCUCAAGCAUCUUUCUCCCUUGACGUUCCUGCUUCAUGGACGGGCCGAAUCUGGGCUAGAACACAAUGCUCAUCAGACCAUUCAGGAAGAUUCACCUGUGCCACAGCUGACUGUGGCUCUGGUCAGGUCACUUGCAACGGCAUGGGAGGAGCCCCACCUGCAUCCCUCUCAGAAUUCACACUAGCAUCAGAAGGGGGGCAAGAUUAUUAUGACCUCAGCCUCGUGGACGGCUUUAACCUACCUGUCUCAAUAACUCCACAAGGCGGCUCUGGUCCUACAUGCACCACCACCGGUUGUGCGGCUAACGUGAAUGCUGUAUGUCCAUCUGAGCUGGCUCUUACAGGGUCUGAUGAGAGCAUCAUCGGUUGCAAGAGUGCUUGUGUGGUCUUCAAUCAGCCGCAGUACUGUUGCACCGGUGAAUAUAACUCAGCAGACACUUGCAAGCCCACAAACUAUUCGAUGAUUUUUAAGAACCAGUGUCCUCAGGCUUAUAGCUACGCUUAUGAUGAUGGAUCAAGCACCUUCUCAUGCACUGGUGGACCUAAUUACCUUAUUACUUUCUGCCCAUGAGAGUUCUAUGUAAUACAGGGAUCAGGAUAUUUAAUAGUAUCGUUGCUUUAAAAUAAAUAAGAUUGAUAUCACUUUGGUGUCAAGAAAUUAAUUAUAAUGAAAAUGAUAAUGAAUAGAACAAUAUUUU